GUCUAGCUUGCGGCAUCGUCGUGUGUGGGAUGGCCGUUGGUUUGUUUGCCCAUCCACCUUUAUGCCAGUUCCUCAUAGAUACAUUUGGGCUGCACCAAGCAUUCCUCAUCGUGGGAGCAAUAGCGUUCCAUUCAUGUGUCUGUGGGAUGCUCAUGAAACCGACCAGAUUCGAGAGGGAACGUCGCGCCAAGGUUUUCAGUGGAAGACCAACACGUCUGACGCUGGUCAAGACGUUGUGGGAAGAUUGUUCUGGUUAUGCCAAAGUUUUCAGGAACAAAUCGUUUCUGUUCUUUCUUAUGUGUAGUUUUACUUUCGGCAUGGGCUCAUCAGCUAUGUAUUUGUACCUCCCAGAUUUUCUACGGAAACAAGGGAUAUCUGUUCAAGCAGCAUCUUUCAGCGUUUCAACUUCGGGUGUAGGCGGCGUUGUCUCGCGUGUUCUCACGGGAUUUGCAGCACAAGAUCCAAACAUUGGCAGUGGACUGAUAUUUGCUUCCCUGAACGGCCUCAUGGGGGUGUUAUCGUUCCUCAUCCCCUUAUUCACAUCAACCUCAGCAACAGUGUGUGUGUACGGCUUCUUCCUUGGACUCUACAACGGUAGCAGCUGGGCACUGUUUAAUCCCAUCACAUAUGAAAUUCUUGGAAUGGAUCUCGUGGCAACCGGUUUUGGAGCUGUAAUGGGUUCUUGUGGCUUCGGAUUUCUCAUUGGUCCGCCUUUAGCAGGAUAUGUCUUCCAAAUAGCCAAGGUCUAUUAUGGCGUCUACAUAUUCGCAGGUGUGAUGUUCUUCUCUUGCGCUCUCUGUGGCCUGCUGUCCACAACCUUCAGGCAUUCAAGAAGGACUUGUCACGACACUGCGGAUGCGCUGAACCCAAAUGAAGUUGAAAUCAUCAACCAACAAGAAAGUGAACCAUAGGACUCUUGCAAAAUAUGAUAUAUUUGUUAGUUUCCAUUGUUGUUAUAUAUAAAAGUUAUUGAUUGAAA